AUGUUAAGGCAAGAUGCAAACGCCAACGCCUCCUCGUGGGUCGUUGCGUCCAGACGAAGCUCGGCGGUGUCCCGGGCUCCAGAAAGGAGGCCGACAGAGGAUCCAAAUCGAAGAGGUCAGGGGAUGCCUAAGAGCGGCGGAGGUAGCGGCUGUAGGUAUUCUGGGCAUCCGCAGGCUGUGGUGCCAGGUGCCCGGGAACCGCCGCUCUGCUUCGGGUUAAAGAACGAGUGGGUCGGCCCUGUGAUCGGUCGAGGUGGGUCAAAAAUAAAGGAGAUACAAAGUACAACAAACACAAAAAUACAGAUAAUAAAAGAUUAUACAGAGUCACAAGUCAGAAUAUUUGGCACCAGGGACAUGAAGGCCAAGGCCAAAACAGCAAUAGAUAAUGUUGUUAAAGAACAAGAAAUUUAUAAUUCAAAACAGAAAAUUGAUAUUGUUGCAUUCCAACCUUCUGUUGGAAGAGAUUUAAGGACAGAGGGUAAUAGUACAAAGAAUCAGCCAUUGAUUGAUUGGGAUCAGAUUCGAGAAGAUGCUUUGAAAUGGAAAAAGAAAAAAUGGGAAGAUUUACCUGCAAUUAAGAAAAAUUUUUACAUAGAGUCAGAAACAACAAGUUCAAUGACACAAGAGCAAGUAGAUAUAUGGAGGAAAGAAAAUUAUAAUAUAACGUGUGAUGACUUGAAAAAUGAUGAGAAGCGUCAGAUACCAAACCCUACAUGUACAUUUGAAGAUGCCUUUAAAUAUUACCCUGAGGCCAUGGAAAACAUUAGAAAGGCAGGUUUCAGGAAGCCGACACCUAUCCAGUCACAGGCCUGGCCAAUAGUGCUACAGGGAUUCGAUCUUAUAGGAGUAUCCCAAACUGGAACAGGGAAGACCUUGUCCUACUUAAUGCCCGGAUUCAUCCAUUUGGAUUCCCAACCUAUAAUUAGAGAACAAAGGAUCAGACCCGGGAUGUUAGUCCUCACACCCACUAGAGAAUUAGCGAUUCAAGUACAAGCGGAAUGUUUAAAGUAUUCAUAUAAAGGCCUUAAAAGUAUUUGUAUCUAUGGUGGAGGAGAUAGAAAUGAUCAAAUACAAACAUUGAAAAAAGGAGUAGAUAUCAUUAUAGCAACGCCUGGACGACUGAAUGAUCUACAAAUGAAUAACUUUGUCGACCUCAGAGGCAUAAGUUAUUUGGUGUUAGAUGAAGCCGACAAGAUGUUAGAUUUGGGAUUUGAGCCCCAGAUAAUGAAGAUUUUAUUAGACGUGCGCCCAGACAGGCAGACGAUUAUGACCAGUGCAACGUGGCCAUGUGCUGUUCGCCGACUUGCAGAGUCCUAUUUGAAAGAGCCCAUGAUUGUAUACGUUGGCACUUUGGACCUGGUGGCUGUAAGUACUGUGAAACAGAACAUAAUUGUCACCACAGAAGAGGAGAAGCGAUCUUAUAUCCAAGAUUUUAUAGAGAACAUGUCUCAGAAAGAGAAAGUCAUCGUGUUUGUUAGCAGAAAAGCUGUCGCUGAUCACUUAACAAGCGACCUGGCUCUGCAGAGUAUAUCAGUGGAGUCUCUUCACGGAAACAGAGAGCAAAGAGACCGAGAGAGAGCAUUGGGAAACUUUAAAACAGGUAAAGUAAGAAUACUGAUCGCCACAGAUCUGGGGUCUCGAGGUCUUGAUAUCCAUGACGUCACACACGUUUAUAAUUAUGAUUUCCCCCGGAACAUUGAAGAAUACGUACAUAGAGUAGGCCGUACGGGAAGAGCAGGAAAAACUGGAACAUCUAUUACUCUGAUAACCAGAAAGGACUGGAGGAUUGCUGGCGAGUUAAUUAAUAUUUUGGAAAGAACCCGGCAGAGUGUCCCAGAGGAACUUGAAGCAAUGGCUGAGAGAUACAAGGCACAUAAACUGAGAAGAGAAAUGGAAAAAUUGGGGAAACCCCAGGGAAAAUGGUACAGAGGUUAUUACUAAUACUGAAGUGGUACCAACCUACUUACAUAAAGGUCUCAAGACCUUGGAAAACUAGGAUGUGGAAAUAUUGCAAGCAUGCUGGCUGCAUGAAGCGAUGACUAAUUCUAAAAAGUGUUUAAAAAGUUAGAAUUCAGUGUUUUAUACUUUUAAUAAAAUUAGAAAUUUAAACUUGUUUAAUUUUCUUCAUACUUACUAUUAAGGAAUAUAGUGUUAAUUUCCCACUUAUUUUAUUUAAAAAUAAAAGUACAUUUUAUCUCCUGAAAUGUUCCUCUGUUAAGGCCAGUCUUUAAAGAGUUUAAAACCUGUUAAAAUGUCUUGGCAGUGAAGAAGAUACUAUUGACAAAAUAAAUGUUUUUCUAUGAUAAAAGA